GAAACGCACAAAUAUUGGAAUGGAACUUGUAGCAGAACCAUCUAUCCUUUUCUUAGAUGAACCAACAUCAGGUUUAGAUUCAACAACAGCAUUAGAAGUGUGUAAAUUAUUGAAAAAAAUUGUGAAACAUCAAGGGAUUACAGUUGCAGCCGUAAUUCAUUCACCAUCAGAAAAAUCUUUUGAAAUGUUUGAUGAUCUUAUGUUGUUAGCUAAACCAAAAGAUGGUGAUUUAAGCUUAGAGGAUCUUUAUGAAUUAUGGGAAUCUCAGAAACAAAGUAGAGCUUCAUCAGUGGAUACUUAUAUUUCUAAUGAAGGAGUAAUAAUUAAUGUUGGAUCAACGUUAAAACCUGGAUGUGCAACAGGAUUUUGUGCACCAAUUUACCAAAUUAUACAUGAUUCUUAUCAAUAUGCGAUUGAUGUUGGAUUAGAAUUUUCAUAUUUUCUUAAAGGACUUAUUAUUUUUUGGACGAAGGAUCCUGUUCGUCAAACGCCGAGUGUUUUUAUAUCAUUUAUACUUUUAUUUAAAAGAGCAUGUUUACAAAUUUAUCGAAACAAGUCAAGAUUUUUAUUUGAUCAAUUAUUACAUCUUGGUUGCGGAGCGUUUGUUUCUUUGGCAACAAAUGGCCUUGAUUAUAUUGGACGAGCACCUAAGGAGGUAUGUUCUAUAGCGCCUUAUGUUGACGCAGUACGUUGUUUAACGCCGAGUGAUAGCCUUCAGACUGUAGGAGUAUUUGCGGCCUUGGGAGUAACAUUUUGCGGUAUCAAUGUUGUAUAUUGGCGUGAUACAUCUUCAGGAAUGAAAACUGGGCCUUAUUUCUUAGCAAAAAGUAUUGCAGAUAUUCCAAGGAUGUUAAUAGCUGGGCUAAUGUUUUCAUUAGCAUUUAUAUUAUUCUAUUCAUAUCGAGCACGUUUCAUCGAAAUUUAUGCUAUUGUUUUACUUACUUAUUUGGCGGCAUGGCAAAUGGAGAAAAUAGGAUUAGUUAGUACGGGAUUUGCUCUUGCUUUUGGUAUGGUUUUAAGUGGCGCAACUCCUAGAUUGGAUGUAGUUAAAUUAAAUGAUAGCUUGAAGCCGAUUUCCUGGGUAUUUGAUAUUUCUGCACCAAGAUGGACUGUUGAAGCAUUAUAUCUUAAAGAAUUAGAUCCAAGAAAAUGGAUUGAAAUUCAUACAGAAAGUCUAAACUUUACAUAUAGCUUUUCCGAUUAUCCAAAAGUUUUGUAUAAUAUAUUAUUUAUUGCAUUGGCAUGGUCAUUUCUUGCAUUUUUAGCAAUGAAAUUGGUUAACCGAGAUAAACAAAAAUAA